AUUAAAACAAAAUCAACAUAUAUGUCUCUCGCCACCAACUCACAAAAGUUCUUGCUUCUCGGAAUAUGGCGGCAGUAGGAGCUUCGUUCAACCAUGUCUCAAGAGAAUCCUCAGAUAUCGAUCGACUUGCGAACUUCUACCAAGAGAUAUUCGGAUUUGAACGAAUAGAAAGCCCUAAAUUCGAAUUCAAGGUAAUAUGGCUAAGGCAAUCACCAUCUUUCUGUCUGCAUCUAAUCGAAAGGAACCCAAACACGAAGCUACCAGAAGGUCCAUGGAGUGCUACGGAUGCUGUUGCGGAUACUAAGAACCUUUUCAGAGGCCAUCAUCUUUGUUUCACUGUUUCUAAUUUUGACUCCUUCGUCAAAACCCUCAAGGAGAAAGGUAUUGAGACACAUGAGAGGAUUCAACCGAAUGGGAAAACGAAGCAAGUUUUCUUCUUUGAUCCUGAUGGUAAUGGAUUGGAGGUUGCUAGCCAGUGAUGAUCAAACAUUAUGUAUUUUAGUCGUGUAAAAAAAAAAAAAAAAAAAAAAAAACUAAAAUUGUAUGAUAUAUGGUUAAUAGGAGGUUAAAUAUUUCUCCAUAACAUGUUUCUUAAUGUUGUUACCGAAGUUGAAGUGUUUAAACGUAAUAUGUGUAAAUUAGAACUCUCACAAUGUGAUUGAGAGCUAUACAUAUCUCACAAAGUAAUUGUACUACAGAUGAUUGGAUAAUUUAUUCAUGCU